CACCAACACCAAAUGGAUUUACGAAUCGAAAACACAGUAAAAAGGGCAGCCUCAUGCAAGAUGCCGGAAGAGAUGGUGGCGCAAAUCUUAGCCAGGCUGCAUCCGAAAUCUCUACCGCGUUUCAAGUGCGUUCGAAAGUCGUGGUAUGCCCUUAUCAAUGACCCCCAGUUUGUAGCCAAACACCUCCAUUCGUACAACGAAUUCUCCUCCUCCGCACGCAUCCUUUUCAAGCACACCGUGGCCAAAAAAAGGGAAACUACCAAGGAGGAAGUUGUGUUUUCGUUCCUCGAUCCUUCUAACGAUAGUGAAGCUGAUUUCGAUAACCUAGAUUCUGUUGUUGAGGACCUGCAUUUUCCGGUUUCUAUGGGAUUAAACAAUGGGGGUCAAAUAAUUGAGCUUCCUAGUGAGCUUGAUGGAUCUAUAGACAUUAUAGGCCAAUGUGAUGGGAUUUUAUGUUUGAUUCUUUACACUGGCCAUAUUGUUCUUUAUAAUCCGUCGAUCAACGAUUUCAGGAUUCUUCCCGAUGAAUCGAGCCUUCAAAAUUGAAUCGGCUAUAACCCGAAAUCUAAGGAUUAUGUACUUGUUAGCGUUGCAUCGAGUGGUGAGGAAACGUAUGGUGAUCGCGUUGUUUGUCGUUCUCCGAGAGCAGAAGUGUACGCAAUGAGUUCGAAUUCUUGGAGAGAAAUCAAGAUCGAUUAUUUAGAAACAGAAACUACACAGUUUUGGCCCUAUUCUUUUGAAAUGUACCUUAAGGGGAAAUGCUGUUGGAUGGCACGAGAGAAGCAAAGGGAGUUCAUUUCUUACCUUGGUUCGAUUGUUUCCGGCGUGUUUCUACCGGCCAUAAGAAGGUGCUUAUGA